AUGUCCAUCGUCAACUCCUUCGAACUUCCUUCGAGUGACGGGUCCAUAGACGAGGGAUUCUUCCGCACCCGCAGGGACCAAUCUGUCAUCGGCUGGUACACUGUCGGAAAUAAACCCACCGCAGCCGACUCUGCUGUACACGCGCAUGUUUCCGAGUUGGUCGAUGCGUCACCGUCCAUUUUUCUCCUGUUCAAUCCCGACAUUCAGGAUGAUGCGAAGCAAUUGCCAUUUGCUGUCUUCGAAUCAGCUUUGACAGAUGGAACCGAAGCGGACAAGGCGGGCAAGUUUGUGCAACUCGAGGUUGGAGUUGAGGCAGGAGAAGCGGAACGAAUUGCGGUGGAUGACGUCGCGAACGAGAGCGCAAGUGACAGUGACCCCUCUGGCCAGAUCGCUAGCUUGAGUCGUCAAAGGAAUGCUAUAGCCAUGCUGCAUGACCGCGUGCGUGUCAUACAGCAAUAUGUGUCGGCAGUAGUGGCCGGCAUUGCUCCGGCCGAUCAUGAAAUUCUACGUCAGUGUGCAGCUCUAGUAGCUACUCUCCCUGUCAUGGACGGCAGUGAGUUCAAUAAAGAGCUGCGCACCGAGUACAACGAUACUCAGAUGGUGUCAUAUCUUACCACAUUGCUGGGUCAACUCAAUACUCUGUCUUCGGUGACCGACAAACACUGGGCACUGCAUCCACCUCAGUCCGAAGACAUGGGGAUGAAGCACGGGUUGAAUCCCAAGAUGGGUGGACAGCUGUUUGGAAGUGGUAGACGCCGAGGCACGAGCCGCCGGUGA